AUGGCUCCGACCAACUUAAGCCCAGCUAGAGUUGCUGCUACGGACCCUCAUGGCGCCACUGAGAAAACACCCUUGCAAGUUUGUGCCAAAAGUGUUUCACGAGGUAUGUCCUCGCCUGAUGUUGUAUUUCUAGUUCAGGAUUUUGACAAUGCCUGUGAUUGGCUUGAAAAAUGUACUUUGAUAGGAUAUUUUGUGGGUAGGAUCCCUCCUGAAAGCAUGCUUCAUGAUUGGGUUGCCAAAGCCUGGUCUCCUCAUGGAGUUAGGCUUAAUGGUGUCCAAAGUCUCACAAAAGGAUUUUUUUUGUUUCACUUUUCAAACCCUUCCCAUGUAGAGGCUAUUCUCUCCCAUGGUCCAUGGACUGUUAGGUCAUCCCUUUUGGUUUUCCAGCAUUGGUCUCACAAUUUUUCUGUCUCAGAUGACAAAAAAUUGCGAGCUCCAGUCUGGGUUGAGUUCCCUAGUCUUCCUUUGCCUUGUUGGCCUUUCAUGCAAACCAUUGCUCAGUCUGUUGGCAAAGUUGUUUGCCUCGAGCCAAACCAUUUUUUUAAUGCUUGCCCUCAAAAGAGGGUAUGUGUAGAGGUCGAUCUUUCUCGUGACCUGAAAGAGAUUGUUGAUAUUCAAGUGGGCGACAACACCUUCACCCAGAAGGUGCUUUAUUUGAACCUUCCCAACACUUGUUAUCGCUACCAGUCAACGAAUCACAAGAUCAGGGAUUGUCCCUUGGCAACACCGAAAUUGAAACCCCUUGUUAAGGAGUCUAGCUCUCGUCCAGUGGAUGGAGCCAAGAAGGAUGAAUGGACAACUGUGGUUCGCAAAGGAAAAACCCUAGCGGUUUCGGCCCAAAAGACUCCCGUCGGUUCCAAUUCUCAACCGAUGACAGAUCCUCCUGUGUAG